GUACAUUGUGUGUCUGUGGAGCGUCAAUGUCGCUGCUUUCAACCUGGAUAUCCAGAGGGUCAUGGAGAGAACGGGACCCCAGGGCAGCCUCUUUGGAUUUUCUGUUGCUUUCCAUCAACAGCUGAGUCCCGCCAAAAGGAAUUUGUGAGUCUGUGGUGACAUUUAAUGUCUUGAAUUCAGUUGUCUUGAGUUUUUUAGUAUCCUAUAAUGUCCCAAAAGGAAACAUGGCUUGCAGAUAGGUUAAAAAGACAUUUUAGAAACAGUCAAUGCAAUGUACAGCUGUGAAAAAAAAUUAAGGAAAGGUACGCCAUACGGGCAGGAAUGUAUGAUUGACAUGCUCAUAAACUGAAUAUAAUAGUUAAAUCUGUCUUUUUGUGUGAGGCUUGAAGGAAAAUCAAAUUGUGGAUGGAUUACUGUAAUGUAACUUUAUUUUGGAGUCAGUUGACCUCAAACGUCUCCAGUUGGCUAAUAAUGCUGCCUUGUCCUCUAACUGGAGCAUGAAAGAGGAAGAACAUCACUCAUAUUCAGGCCUCCGUCCAUUAGCUGUGAGUUUAUUUUCAGAUACUGUUAUUUGUUUUGAAAUUGUUGAAAUGGGUCGCGCCUCCGCUCUCUCUGAGCUGCUCCAUCUCUAUGUUUCUGCCUGGUCCCUCAUGUCAGAUGGGCAUAUAGCAUUUUUGUUUGUGGUCCCAUUCUUUCCAAUGACCUUGCUCUGCACAUCUGACAAACCCCCUCACUGUCCAUUUUGUGUGGACUGAUCCUCUUUUCCGUCACCCUGGUGCUGCUAGACUAGGCAAUAAAAGCCAAGCAGAUUGAACAAAACAUUGGUCAAAUACAUCUGUUUACUGUCUACAUUCAAAUAACUUUAGAAAUAAAUAAUAAUUCCAUUUUGUGUUUGUCCUCAGGUUGCUGGUCGGGUCCCCGAAAUCGAAACAUCCAUACCUGGGGAAUGUUACAGGCGUUGUCUAUCAAUGUGAUCUUCGUGUGUCUUCCGAGCAUUGUCAGCCCAUUGACUUCAACCACGAAGAGUUCCAUGAGAGCAACGGGAUAAGCGGCCAGUGGAUGGGAGUCAGAGUGACAAGCCAAGGCCCGGGUCAAAAUGUCAUGACUUGUGCUCAUCGGUACCAGCAGUGGAGCCCAAGCCCAGGGCUUUACACGCCUCGCCUGGUAACGGGCCAGUGCUACAUUUUAGGAGAUGGCCUGCAGGUCGGGACAGAGGAAAGGACGUGGAGGAGAGUGGUUUGCGAUGCCGAACACCUGAACAGGCGUCAGAAAGACCAGGACUGGUUUGCGUACUGCCAACAGGGACACGGUGCAUCUUUUGCUAAAGACAACCGAUCGGUGGUUUUCGGAGCACCGGGCGCUUAUCAAUGGAAAGGAAUAGUGCGGACGGAGCUGCUGGACAACCUGGACAUCUUUGGUGAACUUCCUCGAGAGACCGGCAAUAUUGACCAAUUUAACUCCAAACUCAUUCCUCUACAAAGAAACAGCUACCUGGGAUUCUCCACCGACUCUGGGAUGACACUGCUCCAGGGAGGUGAGCUUACCAUCGUAUCGGGAGCACCCAGAGGAGGAUACAGCGGUCAGGUGGCCUUUCUUAAGGCAGACCCGUUGGCAGAGAGAAGCUUGUCUGUUGAGUUGGUCCUUUCUGGUCCGGGGUUGGCCUCCUCCUUUGGAUACGAUCUUGCCGUGGUGGAUCUCAACAAUGAUGGGUGGGAGGACCUUGCUGUGGGAGCACCCGAAUUCUUUCUCAAAGAUGGUGCGAUUGGGGGAGCAGUCUACAUCUACAUCAACAACCAAGGAAAAAAAUGGCAGGAAGUGAAUCCAAUUCAAAUCCUUGGCCGUAAAGAUUCCAUGUUUGGACUCGCAGUGGAAAACGCCGGCGAUGUCAAUCAAGAUGGAUAUGGAGACAUUGCUGUGGGAGCGCCAUAUGACGGUUCCGGUCGAGUUUACAUCUACUGUGGCUCAUCAAGUGGCAUCAACAGAAAGCCAGCGCAGGUGCUCUCGCCAGGUUCGAGAAAUAUCACGCUGUUUGGAUAUUCUCUGACGGGUAACUUGGAUAUUGAUGACAACCAAUACCCUGAUUUGGCUGUUGGAUCACUAUCAGAUAUGGUCUUCGUCUACAGAGCUCGGCCUGUGGUCAGUGUCAGCAGCACUCUCACAAUAACACCAAAUGAAAUUGACGUAGCAAAGCAGCAGUGCAAUCAGCGUACAUGUUAUUUUGCAGUGCAGGCAUGUUUUACCUACUCGGCACAUCCAGCGUCAUUCAACCCCAAACUGACAAUAAGAUUCUCGAUCGAGGCUGAUGCAGCGAGGAGGAAAUCCAGGCUUCACCCUCGAGUGGACUUUCUGGGUUCAUCUCAGGGGACAUUGGAGCUGCCUGGCCAAGGGAGCAAAAUCUGUGUGAACACCAAGCUCCGACUUUUGCUGGACACUAGAGACAGGUUGCACAGCAUCCCAGUCUCCGUCACUCUGUCUUUGCCGAGCUUAAGUCCAAAGGCGAGGACAAACGUUGAACUGCCUGACGUUACUCCUGUGCUUAACCUCUACCAGGAAAAAAGCCCCGUGUCAGAGAUAACCUUUAUCAACGAAGGCUGCGGCAGUGACAACGUUUGCCACAGUAACCUGGAGCUUCAGUAUAUGUUUUGUGCAAGGAAAACCCAAAAACAUCAGGAUGUUUUCCAACCGCUGGUCAGAGAGGACGGUGUCGCAGUCAUCACUCCUUCUGGUGAGGACGUGGCCUUGGAGAUCAUCGUUAGCAACUACGACGGGGAGGACGCACACCAGAGUCACGUGGUCGUCAACCUGCCAGAUCUUCUUCGCUACUCCUCUGUUGUUUACACCUCAACGUCGACACAGGUGACAUGCUCGGUCAACGACAAAGGAACGGUGAUCGACUGUGAGCUGGGAAACCCUCUUCAAAGAGAUGCUCAAGUUAAAUUUUAUGUCAUGCUGACCACAACUGGCAUCUCCCUAAGCACAAAAUCUGUCAACAUCACAUUGCAACUUCAGACGACAAGUGUGCAGACCUUAGAAGCAGUCGAGGCUACAGCCAAAGUAGUUUUUGAACUGGGGCUGCAGGUUUAUGGGCUCGCCAAACCGUCUCAAGUGUCACUUAGUAAAGGCUUAGUGGGCAAAAAAGUUGUAAAAUCUUUUGAUGACAUCGGAACCCCAAUUCAAUUUGAAUUUAAGAUAACAAACCAGGGCAGGUCUCUCAAAUCGUUUGCCAAUGCCUCCCUGGACAUUCACUGGCCAAAGGAGAACACUGAUGGGACACGACUGCUGUACUUGACUCAGGUCACUAGUGCAGGAGUGCAUUUCGUCUCCUGUACACCCACUGACCAAAUAAAUCCUCUGAAACUGAGGGGUCAGCACGGAGCCUCAAGGGAAAGACGCGAGGCUGAACACGAAGGCCAAUAUGAUGCCCUCUCCGCUGCUGGAUUCUUAUUUCUUCCAUCGAAAAGGAAAUACAAAACCCUGUCCUGCUCCGAUGGACUCAAGUGUGAGGAGCUACGCUGUCCUGUCGUGGGAUUGGACAGCACUGCACUGAUCGUUCUCCACGCACGCCUUUGGAAUUCUACUCUGACAGCGGAUUACAGCUCUCUGAAUUACUUGGACAUUGUUGUUGAUGCAGCUCUCACCCUCACGAACUCCCCAGAGAACAUUGGACUCCCAGAGAAAAGGCUUCUCACCAAGGUGAAGGUGACAGUGUUCCUGGAGCGAGAAGAUGAAUAUUUCACAAAAGUGGCCUGGUGGAUCAUCUUCCUGACAGUUGUCGCCGGCCUGUUGCUGUUGGCUGUCCUCUGCUUCUUCUUGUGGAAGCGCGGUUGCAUAAAGUGUUCGACGUGCAACCACAAGUCAUCACACAUGAAGCUGGAAAAACUAAAAGCCUGAAAGAAGAAUGCAGGGUGAGCGGAUGAUAUCAACAUCCAACGUCGUAUUGUUAGUGGCCACUGUCAAUCAUCCGACAAAGAACUGUACACACACAUACCGUCAAAAUCAAUGUGGCUUUGCAGAUUUUAUUUCAUUAUUUUAAUGAUGCAAAAAAUAUCACUUGUGUGUUCGUUCAAAACAAAGUGAAACAACAACAUGAAAGACAAUUGUGCUUUCGAAGACCGUUCUCUUUAUCAUUUGUGUACAGUAAUAGAGUGUAUCACCAUAGGACAAGAUGAAAGGACAACAACACUGCUGCUCUACAGUGGAACCUCCAGAGUUCAAUUCAAUCCAUAAUGCUUGUUGACUUUCAAAAUACCAUAUGUACCCUUGAAACACUGUUCUUUAAACAUAUUGCAUCCCCAUAUUCCCUGGGGGAUUGGUUGGAUUGGGCGGGUUGUUUCUGGUGGCCAUGACAGAUCCUUUUCAGGCCCCCAUGGACAAGCCUUCAUGAUUAUGAGACAACACAGGGUUGGGUGGGGAGGGACGGGAGAUAUAUAAACGUUACAGGCCGUGUUUUCCGUGGUUGCCCGUCGAGACAUUUAAACUCUCAGAUCAUGUUCCACAGUUGUCAUGGUGCAGAUAAAAAACGUCGUCGGCCAUAGAAAAUGUUGCACGCUACCAAAACUGACCGUACAUAACAGAGUGUAACACAAGUAAUACAUUUGAUGGUCUGUAGUGAGCCAGACAGCAUAUUUAUCUCACAUUCUCAGGGAUGUGAGAUUAUUAAUUUUUUAAUAUUGUCCCAUGGUAUACCACAUUUUAUGCAUUGGGGCUCUUGUGGCCGCUGGGAACGUAAUGUAAACAGCGCUUUAACAUGACUGCUAAACUGAGAUGUCUCCACAUGUCAUCCAUCCUGGGUGGGUAACCUUUUUCCUAUCGGGAACCAUGUCAGUAUUAAUGGUCCUCCCAGAGCCAGAUCAAAUUCAUAAUGAAAUAUUUGAUGAAACAUGGAAACGUUGUGAACAAAUGCUCAUUUGUAUGGAUUAUUAAUAUUUGCAGGUUAAAUGUUGUAGGGCUUGUUAUAAUUUCACGACAUGUAUAUGGCCCACGAGCCACAGAUUACCUACCCCUCAUCUAUAUAUUGUUUUUCUCUUGUCAUUUCUGUACUCCUUUGGGUUUAUCACAUGUACAUUCCGAGUUGUACAAACAACACUUUCCACCUCUUUCUUUAUCAAAAUACAUUCGGCACUGGAUGAAAAUUAACUCAUGAACAGAAUUUGUACCUCAUUCACUAUCUUCAUAUUUUGUUACUUUUAGGAAAAAUACAUAGAAAA